CUGAAGCAAUGGAGGACUCAGGUGCAAUUCUGUGUCAGAUCUCUUCGUUCAAGGAUAUGCUUGAUCAGGUAAACGAAGAAAUUGAGGCGAACAUUCAGGCAACGAGAGAGAUUGAAUCACAAAUAGUGAAGUGUACGGAAGUCGAAAGCGCUUUGGCUGCUCGAGAAUCGGAGCUGAUGAGAACUGCAUAUGCACUGCAAUUUGAAAUCGAUGGAUUGAUGAGAGUUUAUGCUGGUUCAGAGACCUCUCUCAAACAUUUGGACGAAAAGAUUUGUUGUCUAAGAACGAGACGUGACGAGAUACUUAUGAGUAUGAAUAACAGAAGGUGCUAUUCUUAA